AUGUCAUUUUCUAACAAAUACAUAUUUGCAACUCUUCCUCGUACGAAUAGAGGACAACCCAUUGUAUUAGGUGGAGACCCAAAAGGCAAAAAUUUUUUAUAUACAAAUGGCAAUAGUGUAAUUAUCAGAAAUAUUGAGAACCCAGCAAUAUCUGAUGUCUACACUGAACAUUCAUAUCCUGUAAAUGUUGCAAAAUAUUCACCCAGUGGUUUUUACAUUGCUUCAGGAGAUCAAUCUGGAAAAGUUAGAAUCUGGGAUACUGUAAAUAAAGAACACAUUUUAAAGAAUGAAUUUUAUCCUUUGGGAGGAGCCGUAAAAGAUAUUUCAUGGUCACCUGAUAACCAAAGAAUGGUUGUAGUAGGAGAGGGUAGAGAAAGAUAUGGCCAUGUUUUUAUGGCAGAAACAGGAACUUCUGUUGGAGAAAUAUCUGGUCAAUCAAAAUCAAUAAAUUCCUGUGAUUUUAAACCCACUAGGCCUUUUAAAAUAAUUACUGGUAGUGAAGAUAACACUGUGGCUAUAUUUGAAGGACCACCUUUUAAAUUUAAAAUGACCAAAAGGGAACACACCAAAUUUGUUCAAGUGGUUAGAUAUUCACCGAAUGGAAAUUUUUUCGUUUCUGGUGAUUUUUCGGGAAAAGUUUUUAUAUAUGAUAGUAACACUUAUGAAGUGGUUGGAGAACUAGGCUCUCCUGCUCACAAAGGAGGAAUUUAUGGUAUUGCAUGGAAACCAGAUGGAACUCAAUUGCUUACUGCUUCUGGUGAUAAAACUUGUAAGAUCUGGGAUGUAGAAACUAAGUCAGUGGUUUCGGAAAUGUGUAUGGGAACAGAGGUAGAUGAUCAACAAAUGUCUUGUCUUUGGCAGGGUCAAUACCUCCUAUCAGUUUCUCUCAGUGGAUUCAUAAAUUAUUUAGAUGUUAAUAAUCCUGAUAAGCCACUUCGCGUCAUUAAGGGUCAUAAUAAACCAAUUACAGUAAUGACUCUAAGUCCAAAUCGCGAAACAAUUUAUACUGGAUCUCAUGAUGGAUAUGUUACUACUUGGGAUGCCUCAACUGGGACAAAUGAUAGAAUUCAGGGUCAAGGACAUGGUAAUCAAAUAAAUGGAAUGAAAGCUUCAGAUGAUAUUGUUUACACAUGUGGAAUCGAUGAUAGUAUUAAACAAAUCAGUGUGAACUCAUGCAGUUACACAGGUUUCAAUAUUAAACUUGACUGUCAACCCAGAGGACUAGAUAUUAAGGAUGAUAUAAUUAUAACUGCUUCUGUUAAAAACAUAACAGUUGUUCAAAACGAUAAAAAAUCUUCAGUUUUGCCAAUUAGUUAUGAAGCAUCUUGCGUGUCAAUUAAUUCAAACAAUGAUGUUGCAGUGGGUAGUACUUCCGACAAUAAAGUUUACAUAUAUACCUUUAAUGGAACAAAUUUAACUCUCAAAUUAACUCUAGAUCAUUUGGGUCCCGUGACUGAUUGUUCAUAUUCUCCAAACGGUGAAUAUUUAGUCGCUUGCGACGGUAAUAGAAAAGUUAUCCUGUAUAAAACUUCAGAUUACACCUUGGCUCAUAACAAAGAAUGGGGAUUCCACAAUGCCAAAGUUAAUACCGUGGCAUGGUCUCCAGACAAUAAAUUAGUUGCCAGCGGUAGUCUGGAUACAGCUAUUAUAAUUUGGAGUCUCCAAAGUCCUGCAAAGCAUACAAUAAUUAGGAAUGCUCAUCCUCAAAGUCAAAUAACAAGAUUAGCUUGGACGAAUGAAACAACUUUAAUAUCAGUCGGUCAAGAUUCAAAUAUUAAAAUUUGGGCAAUCGAACCUUUUUAA